UAUGCUGCUCUGCGCCGUGCUGCUUUCUGUGCGGUGGCUCUCUGUGACAAGUAACUGUAACAUUUUUAUAUCCCUCCACCUGAAACCGAUGUGCAGGAUUUUAAUGGAUUUUACAUAUUGCUCUUACUAUUGACUUCCCAACGAUCGAGGUUAAUUUCAUUCUUCCAAAGCUCCUUACCAUGAACUCGCCCAGAUCACCGAUGCAGACUCGGGAGAAGAAAACUCCCAAAUCCCGGGAAGGUGGCUGGGGUAUCGUGGUGGUCAUUGCUAGCUGCUCCAUCAACGCGCUCGCGCUAGGUCUGUUGCGAUGUGGAGGAGUCUUGUAUCAGAGCUGGAUGGAUGAAUUCGAGACCGGUGCCAAGGAAAUUGCGGCAAUUCAGAGUAUUCUUUCCGCAACGCCGUGCUUUUCUGGCCUUGUAGGUGCUGUUCUGUGUAAACGCUUCGGCUGCAGGUUUUCAGGAAUUCUUGGAGGAGUUCUGUGGUUUCUUGGUCUCUUCUGCAGCUACUGGGUGCAGAACAUAUUUCAGUUGUACGUCACAUUUGCAAUAGCAGGUGCUGGUGUCGGAAUUUCAUACAACUUUGGGCUAGUUGCAGUGGCAAUGCACUUCAAAAAGAGGUACAAAACUGCCAACGCAGUGGCCUUGUCUGGUUCAGGGAUAGGAAUCAUGGCAGCUCCUCCAAUAGCCCAACUUCUGCUGGACAACUAUGGAUGGAGGGGAACUCUCUUCAUCAUCUCGGCAAUCAUGGCCAAUAGCAUUGCGUGUGGCGCUCUCUACAGGCCUCGGCGCAAUGUUCAGCGCUCCCCAAAAGAAUUACAACUAAAUAGCGAAGAUCACGAACAAGAAUCAAGGAUUGGUGAAGUCAGACCAGAAAGUCCAACAAACGCGACAGAUGCCAGUGGUAACGAACCCGUGAUCUUCCAGACAUCUACCGUUGCCAUGAGGUCCUGCAAUGACGAUCCAGAUGAGAUAUGCUACAUAUCUGUUGACCAAUCUAGUAAACGUGAAUAUGCGUCGUUUAAGGACGAACGGAAGCAGAACCAAGCUGGUAGUCUGUUACGCAGAUUUUGUUCCGAGCUUAGCAUCAGAGUAUUGAUGAAAAACUAUCGCUUCCUUCUGUUGUGUUUACUGUCAGUUGAGUUCGCCCCUUCGUACCUUUCAUUCCCUUUAUUCGUCAUUCCCCGCGCACAGAGCAUUGACGUGGCGCCCUCCAGUGCUGCGUUCCUCGUUAGUAUUCUAGGCAUUGGGACUCUACUCGGACAGCUUGGUAACGGAUUGAUGCUGAGCUGCAGGACCUCAGCAGAACACGUACUGGCAAUCUGCGUGGCUUUGUCGGGUGUUUCGUUGCUUGUACUGAACGUGGAUGGCUACGUGUACCUGGCCAUUGCUUCAUUCCUACAGGGCUUUGCCAGCGGGGCCUUCUUCGCCACAUCUUUCGUCUUGAUACUGCGUUAUGUGGGUUUGGAGGGGUUUGCGGUUGGUACCGGAUGGCACACAAUAUCUUCUGGCGUUGGUCAACUACUUGGACCCAUCGUAGUAGGUACGUAA